CAACACACCUGCAGGACAAUGUGAGUGCAGCCCAGAGAGGGCAGUGCACAGAUACUAGUAUAGAACAAUCUGUCCAGCCCAGAAUACCUUUGAGACAUGUCUGUGCACACAGCCAUCCUGAUCUUUGCCAUUUUUUGUGCCCCUUGUGCACUGGCACAAAAGGGCAAGAAGCCAGAGAUUAAUCCUAUUGACAAGAUAGCAAGUCAGGCCAACUUUAACCUAAACCAGUUUGCAGGGAAAUGGUAUCUGGUUGCCGUGGCUUCAGAAUGUAAUUAUCUAAAAGAGAACAAUCACGAGGUAGAAGCAACAAUAAUUAAAACAUCAGUAUCCAAGGGCAUCAAGGAAGUCGAGCACUUAGCUGUCAGCACCUUCAGGAAGCUGGAUGGGAUCUGCUGGGAGAUCAGACAGGAAUAUCAGCAUAACAAGAACAAGGGCAGAUUCGUAGUAAAAGCUCGAGGAUCCAGGGGAAAGUUAGAUGUGGUGAUUGCAGAGACGGAUUACCAAAAGUACGCCAUAAUCUACUACCAGCGGCAAAGGAAAAUAACCAUCAAACUGUACGCUCGGACCGCAGCUGUGACCGAUGACAUUACCAGGAGGUACGAGCAACUGGUUUCCCAGCAGGGCAUAGACAUGGAAUUUAUUUAUUAUUUUCCUACUUAUGGUUACUGUGAGACAGCAGAUCAGUUCCACAUCCUCAAAGAUCUCCCCAAAUGAAUCAAGCUGAAUAAAGCAGGCUGUCUGGAGACGCGGCGAGGACGGUUUUUAAUGCAAUAAAAAUAAAAAAAAUCACUUUUUGCUAA